CUCACCAGGCGCGCCAAAGGUUACCGCCUGCCCGCACCAACUGAUCAUCUCUCUUCUCUGUCAAAACCCCACCUCAACACCUUUUCAUUACUGAUUUCUGACACUGAGAAUCCCUUUUUUCGUCAUGACAGAGAACGGCGCGGUGCAGACCGACCCCACCACCUCCACCUCCACCACAGCGGAGAAGCCUGCUGUUCUGAUUAUUGGCGGCUUAGGCUAUAUGGGACGAUUCCUCGCCCGCUACAUCCACGACAACAACCUCGCAUCCGAAAUCCGCCUCGUAGACAAACACCUCCCAGAGCUCGCGUGGCUCGCCCCAGAGUUCAAGGAAGCAUGCUCGAGAGAGCGGUUCAUGCAGGCUGACGCCUCGCGAGAACAGUCCCUCCAGCGAGUCUUCGACCGAGACCAUGGCAAGCAGUUCGACUACGUUUUCAAUUGUGGAGGUGAGACUCGAUAUUCGCAGGAGGAUGAGGUCUACAAGAUGCGCUCGUACGGCCUCUCGAUGGCUGUGGGCAAAGAGGCUGCCAAGCGAGGCGUGAAGUGCUUCGUCGAACUUAGCACUGGCAUGAUCUACAAGCCCGAUUCGAUCCCACGAAAAGAGACAGACAAGCUGAAGCCGUGGUCGAAACUCGCGAAGUGGAAGCUGAACUCUGAAGACGACCUGGCUAAGGUUGAAGGGCUGAAUCUGAUGGUGAUGCGUAUGGCGCAUGUCUAUGGCCCGUACACAAGCAAAUUCAUCUCCACAGCAUUAUGCAUGGCGCGCGUAUACCAAUUCCUGAACAAGGAGAUGAAGUUCCUGUGGAAGGAAGAUCUAAGGACAAACACGGUUCACGUCGAGGACGCGGUGAGAGCCAUUUGGACAGGCGCCGAAUGGUAUGUGAAGGCACCCCCACCUCGGAGACCUGUGCCCAUCUUCAACAUAGUGGAUCAUGGGAAUACUUCCCAAGGCAUCAUGGCCAAGCUAAUGCACGAAACGUUCAACAUCGACACAGGCUUCCACGGAACCUUGAUAUCGGCUUUCGCUCGGCUCAACCUCGAUCAUGUCGUUGAUGAGGUCAAUGACGAGACAUUGGACCCAUGGGCUGAUCUUCAGACCAAGGCUGGCAUCAGCAAGUCCACGCCCCUCAGCCCGUUCAUGGAAAAGGAGUUGCUCAAGGACACGGACCUGAGUCUUGAUGGGAGUGCUUUCGAGAGGGCGACAGGGUUCCAGUACGAGCAUCCACAGCUGACAAAAGACGAGAUCGAGAAAGUAGUAGCAAGCUACCGCACCAUGGGAUGGUGGCCAUAGCCAGCGCCACCACGACGAACCGCCCCUCCCUUAUGCGAUUUGCAGACCGCACACUUCCCGAUGUCCUGAUGCUCUCACCAUAUCCGACGGCUCUCUCGUACGAUUUCUCCGAUGAUCCGUCUCACCUACCCACACACCA